AUGUUUUAUGUAGUAGAUUUUCAGAGCGUCUCGAGGAACACUGAAAUUUUGGACACAAAGGCCAAUGUUGAGGUGGUAGUAGUGCCAUGGCUGGACUUAGACUUCUCCGCACUGCAGUUCACUGCUUCGAGUUGUCCUUCUUCAAGUUCUCCUGCUGAACGUGUGGCAGAGCAGGCAGAGGACAAAGAAGACGAAUUAGAUGGCCAACUGACUGAUGACUCCAUAGAGUACAUAGCAGGCUAUCUAAUUCGGCGAUUGUCCUUGGAAUGCGAGGACAAGGAGAACACCUCAUUCACUGCCUUCUCAUUCGAGGACCAACAGCUCGUCAUUCGUUUGCCAAACGUCGAAAAAGAGGUUGUUGGCGCCAGCUUCUUUCAGAGGCGACUGACCACCGAUGCUGCCCAUUCGGAGAAGAAAAACAAAACGAUUGUAGAAGAAAAGGAACAAAAAGUUAGCGUACCGCCCGUUAAGAGAGUUCCACAACCACAAAAAGUCAAGAAGCACAAGUAUGAUCUAACACCGAAGAAGAGGCGACUGACCACCGAUGCUGCCCAUUCGGAGAAGAAAAAACAAAACGAUUGUGUCAAGAAGCACAAGAAUGAUCUAACACCGAAGAAGAGGCGACUGACCACCGAUGCUGCCCAUUCGGAGAAGAAAAACAAAACGAUUGUAGAAGAAAAGGAACAAAAAGUUAGCGUACCGCCCGUUAAGAGAGUCCGACAAACGGCGACUGUCCCACAACCAAAAAAAGGUGUCAAGAAGCACAAGAAUGAUCUAACACCGAAGAAGAGGCGACUGACCACCGAUGCUGCCCAUUCGGAGAAGAAAAACAAAACGAUUGUAGAAGAAAAGGAACAAAAAGUUAGCGUACCGCCCGUUAAGAGAGUCCGACAAACAGCGACUGUCCCACAACCAAAAAAAGGUGUCAAGAAGCACAAGAAUGAUCUAACACCGAAGAAGAGGCGACUGACCACCGAUGCUGCCCAUUCGGAGAAGAAAAACAAAACGAUUGUAGAAGAAAAGGAACAAAAAGUUAGCGUACCGUCCGUUAAGAGAGUCCGACAAACGGCGACUGUCCCACAACCAAAAAAAGGUGUCAAGAAGCAUAAGAAUGAUCUAACACCGAAGAAGAGGUGA